ACUGAGGUCAAUCAUGCAAUUAACACAUGUUGCAAUCUUGCCAAGCCCUGGUUUGGGCCACCUUAUUCCUCUAUUCGAGCUGGCUAAGCGUCUGGUCGUUCACCACGGCAUCCAUGUCAGCUUCCUUGUUAUCAACACCAACGAAGCAACAACGGCCCAAGACCAGCUUCUCCGGUCGCCCACUCUCCCUCCCGGCCUUGAAGUUGUUGACCUCCCACUCGUUGACGUCUCAGCUAUCACUACCGAUGACAUUACUUUGCUCGCUCGCCUAUGUGUCAUUGCAGAGGAGAGUCUCAAGUCCUUAAGGUCAGUUUUAAUUGGGUUAGCGUUAGGCAAACCCAAUGCUCUUGUUAUUGAUUUAUUUUCUACUCAGGCUUUCCAAGUAUGCAAUGACCUUUCAAUUCCAACCUACUCUUUCUUUACUCCAUCAGUUACUUUUUUGGCCUUCUCGUUGUAUCUUCCUACACUUGAUCGUGAGGUAGAAGGUGAAUUUAUUGAUCUUCCUGAACCGAUUGCGAUCCCGGGUUGCUCGCCUGUACGACCCGGAGAUCUUGUAGACCAGGUACGAAACAGGAAGAUUGAUGAAUACAAAUGGUGUUUAUUUCACCUUAGCCGAUUGCCUCUAGCAGCUGGUAUCUUCCUCAACUCGUGGGAGGAUCUUGAGCCAGUCUCUCUUAAAACAAUAAGAGAACAUCCAUUCUACUUGCAAAUACCAACACCACCCGUUUACCCUAUUGGUCCACUGAUCAAACAAGAUGAACAGUUAACUAUAUCAGAUAAAGAGUAUUUGGCUUGGCUAGACAAGCAACCGCCUGAUUCAGUUCUCUUUGUUGCGCAUGGUAGUGGUGGAACUUUGAGUUCUGAACAGCUCACGGAGAUGGCGUGGGGCCUAGAACUCAGUAAGCAAAGGUUUUUAUGGGUUGUACGCACGCCUAGCGAUGCUAGUGCAGCUACAUUCUUCAAUGUGGGAAGUGAUGUUAACGAUCCAAAAGCGUAUAUGCCAGAAGGGUUUUUGGAGAAGACGCAAGGAGUAGGUAUGGUGGUACCGUCGUGGGCUCAACAGGCGACAGUGCUACGACAUCCAUCAACAGGUGGGUUUUUAUCUCACUGUGGGUGGAACUCUUCGUUGGACAGCGUAUCCAAUGGCGUGCCAAUGAUCGCAUGGCCACUUUAUGCAGAACAAAAAAUGAAUGCUUCGUUGCUUACGGAGGAGAUUGGGGUGGCCGUAAAGCCAGUAAAAGGACCUGGAAAGAAGGUGAUCGGACGGGAAGAAAUAAACAGGGUAGUGAGGUUGGUAAUGGAGAGUGAAGAAGGAAAGGUAAUGAGACAUAAGGUUAAGCAGCUGGGCCACAGUGCUUCCAGAGCAUUAGAAACUGGUGGAUCUUCAUUUGAUUCGCUUGCUUGUGUUGUCAAGAAAUGGAAGGGUAAUCAAUAAAGUUACAUUUCUUAAUUUGAAGGUAUUACGUUGUGUGGCUGUCUAGAUCGAUUGCCCAGCUUUCUCGCAUGGUCACGGAAUCGUUACAUGAACUAUCUAUUACUGUAACACUGAUGUCGUGUUUUUAU